AUGUUAUGGGCCCGUCCGGGAGCCGACAAUGACCAAAAAGAUGAUGUACCUUGGACAUUACGCUACGCUGGACGAGGGUUGGGGACGAUUGGCAGUUUUAUUGCCAUCAUACUGGGUUUACUUAACUGCGCUGGUAUUAUAGUUUUCCAAGUUAAUUGCUUGAUAGCAGGUGUGUGGCAAAUGCUUGCGGGAUUCAUAGUGAUUGUAUGUGAAGCACCCUGCUGUUGCUUCUUUAUAGAUUAUGUGCAAGCUCUUUCUGAUAAAAUGGAGGGACGGCCCUAUUGGAACAAAGCAGCUCUAUACAUUGGGCUAUCUCUUCCACCAUUCUUCUUGUGCUUAGUGAGUGUGAGCACAUUGUUAGGCAGUGGAAUGAUAUUUGCUACAGGAAUUAUUUACGGCAUGAUGGCUCUUGGUAAAAAAGGAUCGCGUGAUGACAUGGCUGCAAUGGCGGCAGGCGGGACUACGCCCCCGGGCGCUCCGAUGCCGGCCUCGCAAGAUCACAACGUCACACUCAUGGAGGAUCCCGACGUAGCUUCGAUCGAUGAAAUGAGAACGUCAGCGGCGACGUUAGAAGCCGGUGGUUUCCAGCCAAACUCAGCGCCGCGAGCCAACCUUGUCUCCAACGAACAACCAUUCAGCUUCACUGGACCACCGCCUUCCAAUAACUGA